GGCGAUAGUAGACCUCCAGAAUGACGUUCCAAUGAUAAAGAUUCCAGGCCUAUUUAUAUAAAUAGUAUAUAACACAUUGGCUAGUGUCAAGAUCUUGCUAAUUAUUUUGUGCAAUAUGAAGGCUUCAUUGCAUUUGCAGAAAAAGGAAAGCUCAUGAAGGUUAUGCUAAGUUUCAGUUUCGAUUCACUGACCAGCUCCCUUCUAAACACAUAGUGUUCUUGUUAGUGUUUCGAACCAAUUGGAAAGAAUAUAACGUUUUUUAACCGAUUGAAGAAAUGACGGAAUCGACCAUUACUAAACGUAUUUGUGCUAACCAUGGAUCAAUGACCGUCGAUGAAUUAGAUGCGAUUUUUUACAGUGACUUGCCCGUCUCGGUGCGGGAUGUAAUUACGAAUCAAGCUAAAUUUUGUUUUGUUGUUUUUGACGAAGAGCAAAGGGUGUUAGCCAGGACUGGAGUUCGACUGUGCAGAUCCAGCGAUUGCCAGGGAUGCCGAAAUUUACAUUUUUGUAAACGAUUCCUGCUUGGAGAUUGCCCGUUCAGUCGGAGAAGAGGAGGAUGUCGUUUCAACCAUGACCUGACUUCGGGGGACAACAGCAGAGUCCUGAAAGAACACGGACUGGAGAAACUGAACAGAUCUGAGCUGUGCACCCUGCUGCUUCAGAAUGAUGGAUUCCUCUUACCACCAGUGUGCCACAACUACAACAACGGUGUUGGAGAGUAUGGCAAAUGCCAGGAUGGCGAGACAUGCAAGAGGCUCCACGUCUGUGAGAUGUAUCUCAGGGGUAGCUGCAACUGUCCCAGGUGUCAUGAUUUCUACGAACCCCACCCAUUAAAAAUCCUGCAGGACAGAGGGGUGCCCAACGAGCUCAUUGCCUCCCUGAAGUCUGUGUACAUGAACAGGGAGUGGUUGCAAAAGCAAGACCAUGCCAAGCAAGGCAAGGGGCAACAUCAAAGAGAUAAAUCUGAAAUAUGUAUGUACUUCAUCAAGGGCAGUUGCAUACACGGUGAUAAGUGCUUUAAAGCCCACUCUACCAUGCCCUACCAAUGGGAGGUGAGGGAGGGACUAAACUGGACAGCUCUACAAGACAACGAGGUGAUUGAGAAGGACUAUUGCGACCCAGCAAAGACAUACAGUCGUGGAGUCCAGCCUGUGUGUUUCGAUACGAUGACCUGUGGCCUGAACAAAGCCCGGCGUCUCUCCACCGUCUCCUCUGUGCUACAGCCUAUAUACAUCCUCACCACAGAGUGGGCCUGGUUCUGGGAGGACGAGUUUGGAAACUGGAUCAAGUACGCAUCAGCAAUCAGUGGACACAGGGCAGCCACCAUCACCAGUGAAGACCUGGAGAAGAGGUUCCAGGAAGACAACAAGGCUGUGAUGGAGUUCACCGCGGGGUCACAGACCUAUGAACUCAGUUUCCCAGACAUGAUUCAAACAAACAAGCAGUACAGCACCAAGAAAGUUGUGAGAAGACGGCCUGUGUUUGUCUCUUCAGCUGAUGCACAAACUAUCAAAACCAGCAAAAGGGCUCCGAUCAGUCACUCAAAUUUCAGAGCUUUACCAGGAAACUGGGACAAGGCACAAACUCCUGAAACAGGAUACAAGAGAGUCGACCUUCCGUGCUUGUCAGUGGAGUUUAAGGAGAUUCAAGGGUUUUUUCAGAAGACCAUGAGAGGCUUCAGCAUCCGCCAAAUCGAGAGGAUUCAGAACAAAGCCCUUUGGGAAGUCUUUCAGUGGCAAAGGGAUCUCAUGAAGAAGAACAACAGAGGGAGGAAUGUGACGGAGAAACAGCUUUUCCAUGGCACAGACUCCAAAUACCUCCAUGCCAUCUGCCUUAACAACUUUGACUGGCGGAUCUGUGGACUAAACGGAACAGCCUAUGGGAAAGGGAGUUACUUUGCCAGGGAUGCCAAAUACUCCAACAGCUACACUGGCCAAUCAAAUAUGAGGUCCAUGUUUGUCUGUCGUGUGUUGGUGGGAGAUUACACCGAAGGGCACUCCCACUACCUCCGGCCCCCCUCGAAGGACGGAGGGGACACCAUCUUCUACGACAGCUGUGUGGAUGACGUCAGCAACCCCUCCAUCUUUGUGGUGUUUGAGAAGCACCAGGUGUACCCAGAGUACCUCAUCCAUUAUGGUGAUGACGACGCAUGGUCGCAAGACUACCAGCAAUACUACCGUCCAGCUCCUGUACCUGUACCUGCUCCAACACCUAGACCAGCACCAAAAUACAGACCAGCACCAACCCCUUCACCUAAAUCUGACAACUCAUGUGUCAUUAGUUGAGGCUGACUGUGAGGUGUGAACUGUGAACCCUUUGAUAUUAAACUGAGGCAAAAACGUAUGCUUUCUUGAAUUAGAGAAAUGGAUUUAGCACUCUGUUAAAUGUGUUUGACAAAUUACAGCUAAUCUUGAGAUGCACCUUACUAUGAUUACUAGAUGUGCAAUUAUCCGUUUCCGACAAUGCACACAUUUUUGUAGUGCUAUUGACUUUAUAUAAUGGCAAAUUGCGAACCUCACAACAUGAAGUAGUUGUGUACAUUUUAAGCUUUAUACCUUUACAGUACAGUACUUUUACAGUAUCUGCUGAUGUGCAUCAGUUCAACAGUUACGGGUUUCAUUCAUUUUAUGAAUAUAAUCAGUCUGUUUUCUUUGCAUUGAUGGGUUCUGACUUAAAAUAUGAAAUAUCCUUAUUCAUGUCACUGAGGGAGGGAAGGGAAUGCAGAACAUUUACAUUCUGUCAGAACAUGUUAUGGUUAAACAUCAGGUAUCCUAUGGAAAGGAGAAGGGCCACAGUCUGGUACAAGUCAACAAGACACCCGUGAGUUGGGGAGAAGUGAGGAAUUUGGGACGAAAUCAAGUCAGAUGAAGUGAGAAAGAACAGGAAUCACUGAAGUCCUGUCUAGCAACGGUGAUCUAUUGGCUGUCCAGAUGUGUAGGGAGGAGACUCGGCAUAGGAGGAGGGUUUAAAUACCAGUGUAAAUAUGUCUUUGUCUUUCAGCUGUUUGAACCAUUGGGUGAAUAAACUUGGUUUGAGCUUUA